GCGUACGAUUCGAGAAAGCGGUUGAUCAGCAAUUUUUUUUUGUUGUACCAUUAACUGUAAAAGAUCUGUAUAUUCUGUCCGCGUUUAUUAGGGAAACACUAUAUUUUAUUUUAACAUGGUCGGUGUUAAAGUAAUCGCAAGCGAUUCGGAAUUCCAGCCGGAACUGACCGGUGCCGGCUCCAGACUGGCCGUCGUGAAGUUCACCAUGGCCGGGUGUCGUCCAUGUGUCAGAAUAGCUCCAGCUUUCACCACGCUGAGCAACAAGUACCCACAUGUUGUUUUCCUUGAAGUCGAUGUCCAUGUGUGUCAGGGAACAGCGGCAGCCAACAACAUCUCUGCCACGCCGACGUUCCUGUUUUUCCGAAACAAAGUGCGUGUGGAUCAGUAUCAGGGAGCGGACGCCUCAGGCCUCGAGGACAAAAUCAAACAGCACGUGGAGAAUGACCCGGGGAGUAACGAGGACUCGGACAUUCCCAAAGGAUACAUGGAUCUUAUGCCUUUUGUGAAUAAAGCCGGAUGCGAGUGUCUUAACGAGAGCGACGACUACGGCUUUGACAACUGCUUAAUCAAAGACUCAUCCUACCUCGAGUCAGACUGCGAUGAACAGCUCCUUAUCACAAUCGCCUUCAAUCAGCCCGUAAAGCUUUUCUCUAUGAAGCUGCAGGCAUCGGAUUUGGCUCAGGCACCAAAGUGUGUGAAGAUCUUCAUUAAUCUCCCACGCUCCAUGGACUUUGAUGACGCCGAGAGAAGCGAGCCGACGCAGACUCUGGAGCUUUCGGAGGAAGACUACAAAGACGAAGGCCUCAUCUCGCUCAGAUACGUCAAAUUUCAGAACGUCAACAGCGCCACCCUGUUCAUUAAGUCGAACCAAGGGGACGAGGAGACGACAAAAGUGAACUACCUGACGUUUAUAGGAACCCCAGUGCAGGCCACCAACAUGAACGACUUCAAACGGGUUGUAGGGAAGAAAGGAGAGAGCCAUUGAGGACGGAGACUGGAAAAUACAAGUGCGCUGGAACUGUUUCACAACUCUCAUUAGAGAGAUUAAAAAAAAAAAUGAGGGUGAAGAAAGAGCCUCGAUCUGCAUAUUUUUAUCAUACACCCAAAACCUGUAAAUAAAGUAAAUCCUUUUUCAAAGG